GGUGGAGUGAGCGUCCGCCUCAGCAGGCUUUCCUCCAGACCAUGGAAGAGUCUGUGACAUGGAGCAACUGGCUUGGUCCACGAUGACUGAUCGCUGGAGAUAAACAGCCAAGAUGAGAAACACCUGCAUCUUUUCCUUUCUCCUGCACGUCCUUCCUGCAAUCUGUGGGAAUCUCUUGCGCCUCAGACCAGCAAAUUUCACACAGUAUGAUAUUUUCGCGACCUGGGCAGAGGCAGAGGCUAUCUGCCAGGGAAGUAACACUGAGAUGGUCACAAUUUAUGAUGAAAGUGAAAAUGACUUCUUUAAAAGAGGUGGAGGCUGGAUUGGACUUUACAGAGACAGCAUUUCAGAUCCUUGGAAAUGGUCUGAAGGCAACCAGGUGGAAAUCUACAGUAACUGGAGGGAUCAUGGUCACGGCCAUGAAAACUGUGGACUAAAGUAUCGCAAUGAAGACACAUGGAGAACUGAUGACUGUACCAAGGAAAAUCUGUUCAUGUGUUACGAGAGGUUGAUUUUAGUAAAGGAAAACAAAACAUGGGAGGAGGCCUUAGAGCACUGCAGGUCUCUGGGGGAUAAAGUCCCUGCGGACUGGAACAGCUGGUAUGAUCUGGCCACCCUGAUGACUGAAGACGACAUCACGUAUGCUCUUCAGAAAGCUAAACCAGCUUCUUCCAAUGAUGUCUGGAUAGGCCUGCGUUUUCUGGGUCAUGCCUGGUUCUGGGCGGGUGGAGAAGAGGUGCAGAACCAGGAUGUUCCCAGCUGCCCGGCCUUCAGGUGUGGCAGCUUGGAAAAGAACAGUAGGGCCUUUAAGAUCCGAGACUGCAGUGAAAGAAGGAACUUCUUCUGCUACAGGAGGCCCAAAAGCAUCUAAUGUAACCAUUUCCAUUGACCUUGUCUCUCAGCUUGCCUUUUUAGACAUUUUGGAACGGACAGCUUCACUAUGAGCUUCCCAGGGUAAAACAUGGAGCUUCUCCAUCAAGAAAAAAAGGAGAAGCAGAUUUUAAAGUUAGAAGUUUUGUGCGCUGUCAGUUAGUUUGAACAUACAUUUUUCUGUUUAAAGGGCCUAUACCAUGCUAUUCUUAAGGCUUUUAUAGUAAACAAUAUCCAUGUAAUAUAUUACCUUUGGAACUAAAAGAACAA